GUACACCUUUUGUCGCCAUUUUGGUACUCCCCGGCUUUCCGGUGCCACAAUGAAACGGGUCCCUCGGGAGGUGAGACACGCGCAGGGAGUUCCGGGGGCCGGCCACUUACAGACACCAUGGCGGACGGGAGCUGCCCGACUUCCAGCCACCCGCUGAGGACCCCGACCGUGCUGCUCCUGGCACUGCUUGCCGUCACGGCUCCUUGCACGCAGGCCCGGGAGCUCCGCUUUGUUACCUUGGUGAGUGAGUCCCCCCUGUGACGGUGACGUAUGGUACCCUCUGCCAUCAUUAGUAAUGGAGUGGGAUCCCGGAAGUGAGUGCAAAGUAGGGGUGUGAGGGUGUGCAUAAAAAGGGAGACCCACCUGGUGAAUAGGGGAGCAUCAUUCAGCCCAUGCAAACAAUAGGCUUUAAUAAGCUGGGAGCUGCUGGCACUGAUUUGUUUUCCUUUAUGGGAAUAUCUUAGUGAAUAUGAAAUACAAGGACCACUGUCAAAGUGUGUGUGUGUGUGUGUGUGUAUAUAUAUAUAUAUAUAUAUAUAUAAUUAUUUUUUUUUUAGUAAUGUAAUUAUUAUUAUUAUUUAUAUAGUGCCAUCAGAUUCCAUAGCGCUGUACAAUGGGUGGACUAACGGACAUUUAAUUGUAACCAGACAACUGGACGUACAGGAACAGAGGGGUGGAGGGCCUUGCUCCAUGAGCUUACAUUCUAGAGGGUAAAAGUAGGGGUACGAAGUAAGUUGUUAGAAAGGUAUUUGCUGAGGGGUUAGUAGGUAAUUUUUGACAGUUGCAGUAGAGUAAUGAGCUACCACAUGCUAUAUUACUUAGGGUUUCCACCUGGCUGGUAUUUUAAGGUAAAAAUCAGAGACGUUUAGUGAAUCUUCCUACUUGGAAAACAAUCUUUCUGUGUUUGUGGAGUUGAAUAUAAUAGUAUCUCGUUGGAAAGAAAAGAGCUGAUGGAGCCUACGUUGCAUAACAUCCUAAACGGGGUUAACCCAGGUGUAAUUGUACAGACAAGACGAGAAGAGAUGGAGGGUGCAACAGGGAACAGAAAGGAACUGGACAAAGCCAGAUAAAAAAAUCCCAAUAUAAUGUCCAUUGUGGGACUUUUUUUUAACUUAUUGAUUAAAUGUUAAGUUUAAUACCAAUAUUAUAUUAGGAUUUUUUAUCGGGAUUUAUCCAGUUCCUUUCGGUUCCCUGUUGCACCCUCCAUCUCUUCUCUUUUUGUCUGAAUAUAGUGGUAAACUCUCAUGAAUUGUAUGUAACUCCAGCUAACCGAUGAUCUUCCAAGUGGACAGAUUUAUUAAACCUCCAUCACAGCUCUGAUUUUUCACCUUGUGACAGUGUUUACUAAGGUAAAUGUGUAUCUUAACACCUUAAGAACGGAGGUAAUACUACACGUUCUGAAUCAAAACAAAAUCUGACAUUUGCGCUAUAUGUCAGUUCAACCAUAAUUUACCUCUUUCAUAUUAAGAGCAUUCACACUUAUUCUAUAUCAUUUUGUUCAGGAGAAAUAGGGCUUUCAUUUCACAUCAAAUAUUUGUACAUGAAAAAUAAUUUAAUCUAAAAAAAUAAAAGGUGUGAGAAAUUAAGUUAGUUAUUAAAUGUAAUUUUUCUGCAUGGCAUUCUAGCUGUGUGUCAUAAUACUGUUCGCUUUUACUGCAAUAAAAUACAAAUAUUCAUAUGCUAUAAUGCCCUCCUUGUACCUGUUUCAUGGUAUUUUGGAAAUUUACGGGGUCACAUAUAAGGCUGUCCAUUACAGUUUUUACACAAUGCCAUUUGCCAGAUUAGUUUGCUUGGGCCUGUGUUGCCUUUGAGACCGUAUGGCAGCCUAGGAAUGAGAAUUACCGACAUCAUGGCAAACCAUGUGCAAAAGUAGACAACCCAAGGUAUUCAAAAUGGGGUAUGUCUAGUCUUUUUUUAGUAGCCACUUAGUCACAAACCCUGGCCAAAGUUAGUGUUCAUAUUUGUUUUGUUUUGGGUUUUUUGCAUUUUUCACACAAACUGCACUUUCACUGACUAUAUUAUUGUCACUAUACAUUUUGCUGCUCUAAAACAUUCAUACUUGUGUCUCAAUUGCUGCCAGAGAAAGUGCCAGAGUACGCCCUAACGGCGUUAAAGCCCUCCUUUUGUAAGACAAAAUAGCCCGCCAUAACAUCACAAAGGGUUUAAAAAAAACAGUAUCCUGCUAUUAGCAGUUUAUAAGUAGAAGAGAAUGCAUGCCUCCUAAGUGUCCAUAUUUUUAGCCCAAAUUGCACUCUCGCUCUCUUUUCUGUCCUAAGGUCCCUCUUUUCUAGGAGCUCCAUAUUAUUGGUGUGCCUGAGUGUAUAACAGAGCUUCAUAGCAAUAAAAUUCCCAGUAAUGUGUUUUUACAGUUUAUACUACAAUAAAUGUGUUUAGAAAUCGUGUAAAUACGAAACAUUGUUCUUUUUCACAUUUUAGUUACAUACAUUGUUAAAGGGUUACUAUAACCCUUUUGAGCGUUGACGUUCUGGAGUACUAUCCCCUAAUGGGCACUAUGGGGUAGGUCUCUGUUCUCAAUUUUUAGUAACAAAAAACAAACAUUAUUCCUGCUCUUAUGAGAUUAACCCACUUCCUCCUGGGACUCUCUGUGGUGCAAGGAAUAGGGCCCUGGAAUGAGGCACCUGUGACAGGGAGGGGUGCACAGCCAUGGGAUCCCAAAUGUAUAUAAACAUAUGAAUGUGUUGUAUUAAUUGGCCCCAGUAGCUGCCUUAUAAUUGCAUGUUUAGGCGAGAGCAGCCUUCUUGGUUUCAUAUAUCCAUAAAUGCAGACACAACAGCAUUUUAUUGCCACCAUAUAUGGGAUUAUGUUAAAAAGUCAUUGUCUGCAUUUUAUUACCACUAAAGCUUGGACUAUUGCUACAGCAGCAGACGCUACUUCCUAAAAUGACAUUGCUUCAAAUCCCAACAUGUGGCAAUUCUAACUUUAACUACGUUUUUAAAUAGGCCAAGCUAUCGUAAUAUAUAGUUACAGUUGUUAAACUGGUUCUGUUUCUGGCAACGAUUACUAUAUACAUAUUUACAGAUGGCAUUUGUAAUUAUGUGAAUCUUAAGGAGACAUGUCUUUAAUUUGACUUGGCUUUAGAGAUAAUAUGACUCUGUUACUAUGCCGGAUGGAAGCAGUGAUCGUGGCCGGCUUUGGCACUGCAAAUGUUUGGGAACUAAAUUUCCCAUCAUGCUUAGUGAAUGACAGAGCCUUGUGACAGGUGUAGUUUACCAUCAUCUACAGCAAUUUCAGAAUUAGCCUUUUCAGUUUUAAGAGUAACCAUCCAGCUAUUUAUUGCAGAAGUCCCAUUUUCUCAAGACGUGUAACUGUGACACGCAUUUAGGGUAUGUGACAACAAGUUCUCUGACUGCAGGGUAAGAUCUUACAUUCUGAUGGUUAGAAAACAGACUACACACAUAGUUCAUGCAGGAAUAAAAACACACGGUUUUUAAGGAACGUUUUUAGAAUUAUAUACAAAUAUUAAAAAAAAAGUACUUAUUAAAAGAUAGUAGACCUAGGGAGCAGUAUCACGUUUAUUUUGAAUGUGUAAUAUGAACUCUGACAAAUAAAUGUCAGUUUAUAAGCCUUUAUUUUACUGCUCACAUUAGCUGAGCACAAGGAGUUUGUGGCAACAUUGCAGUAAGUUGCUUCUUCAUGUAACUGAAUAGGGCUGCAACAGGUUGUGAGAUCUUCCAACAGAAAUCUGCUGCUAUGUGCAAGAUCUAGUGUACCUGCUGAUAAAAAUUAUCUUUCCAUAUUUCCAGUAACUACAACACAGUGCUAAACCAUAAAAUGUGUUUUUACUUACUUCUACUGCAUUCAUCGGCCCACAAAUCAAUGUUGUAAAUCGACAAUAGUAUAAAAAUAUAAAUAAGAAAAUGAGCAAUGUUCUUGAAACACAAGUAAGCUCCAACUAAUGAUAUUUCUUAAAAUAUCAGACUGCUUGCGUCAAUACUUUUUUAUCAUUUCAGCAGAGUUAGAAAUGCUGGGGUUUUUUUUGUCCUGAAUUUCCCCCAGCACAGCAAUUCUCUGCUUGGUGAAUAGACCACUAUUUUUAAUGUUGAACUAGUCACCAGGAAGGAAUCUUUAGGAGUUGAGGUAUAUCAGUAUGGUCCUCUUUACGCGGUUCAUUCAUUCCUUACUCUGUCUGUUAUAGGUCUAUCGUCACGGUGACCGAUCUCCAGUGAAAGCUUAUCCCAAAGAUGUGCAUCAGGAGAGUGCCUGGCCGCAAGGCUUUGGGCAGCUCACACAGGUAAAACUGCUUCUAUCACUCAACAUCACUCAGCAGCCUUCUUUCAUGCUCUAGAUCUGGGGCAGGCAACCUUCGGCACUACAGAUGUGGACUACAUGUCCCUUGAUGCUUUGCCAGAAUUAUGUCUGUAAGAGCAUUGUGCCACAACAUCUGUUCUGGAGUGCCGAAGGUUGCCUACCCUACCCCUGUUCUAGAUGUCGCUCCCUUCAGUUUAUACUACAGCCCCUCUCAGUCUGAAGUCUAUUGUCCGAGAAUGAUUAGGAUCCAACAGGGCCCUGGGCAGAUUACCGAUUUGGGUCCCCUGUUCAUUCUCCAAAUGGAAUGGUGAAUAGGGCCAAGCAGAUGUGUGGUUCCAGGGUCCAUGUAUAGUUGUUGAGCCCUAUGGUCAGCUUAUGGUGAACCAUGCUCUGUCUGUCAUCUCUGACCUGUUUAAGACGUAUCUCCAUGUUCUUCUUCUUUAACUAAUGCCCAUGUUUAGCAGAAUCCCAUCAAGCCCAGCUCUGUGCCAUUCGGUCUCCGUUAUUUCUCAACAAGCCUUAGCUCUGCCCAUUUUAUUUAUUAGUCAUAGAAGGCUGUUCCCCAUGUAAGCUCAGUCCUUAUAGAUAGUAAGCAAGGUUUGCUUGGCUGCUUUGCCUUAGCCUUUGACAUUUUUCAGUUGUCAUUUCAGUUGCUACAAAAAGCCUGAAUGUAGGGGAUAUUUUAUAGCAGGACUACUCGAUCUCUUACAGUUUGGUUUGCGUAGCGCUGAGAUCCAUCUUUAUCCAUUGCUGAAUUCAUCCUAUUAUUUCCUAACACGGUGAUUCACUAACGUGAGAAUUCAAAGUGAAUUUCACAUUUUAGAUCAAAAUAGUUGAACUGAUAAAAUUCAGUCAGUUGUGCUUUCAGUUUGACAAUCACUUUUAAUUCUCACAUUAGUAAAUAUCCCUGUGAGUUUUCUGUCUGACCAAUGUUGUUGUUAUUUUUUUUUCUCUCUUCAGGUUGGGAUGAAGCAACACUGGGAUCUGGGACAAGAGCUACGGAAACGUUACAGUGGAUUCCUUAAUGAGUCGUACAACAGGCACGAGGUGCGAGACUGGGGGGAGUGGGAAAUCAGUUCUCCAAAAGCAAUUAUUUUCCUUACACAUCUACCAAUUAAAGGGUUACUUCAGCCCCCCAAAAAAAGAAUGAAGCUAAAACGCUAAUUCCUCUCGAGCCCUGAGGCCAAGUUCUCCCUGCGGCCCAGUGCUCCACCUGUAAUGUCAGAGUGAAAUGAUGUCAGUUAGGGGCAGCGCUCAGGGGAGGACAGUGCGGGCACGGUCGACCAUUGGCUGUCUGUCACCAACAUGCUAUGUCUCACAAUAAAUAACAAAUAUACACAGAAUUCACAUUAGUCAGCCCAGAGCUCAUGUUCGAGGCUGGCUAACGAUGCCCUAGUAAAGCAGCUGGAGGCUGAUUUACACCUCUGUGUGUCAUAGCAAAACGCUAUAUUUACUAUGUAUGUUUGUCAAAUUAUUUGUCUUUUAAAAUUAUCCUGUGUCAUCAGCAUUUUACAAGUUAGUACAAUUAGUAACUUCAUGAAUGGGAUAUGCUGCUCAGAAAGUUUUCCAUAAAUGUUUUUUUUGUUUGUUUGUUUUUUCUAUUGACAAAGCAUUUUGUUUUCUUUACUGAACUAACACAAACAUAUUACAAACAAUUCUGCUUAUGGCUAAAGUCAGCAGCUAUUUUCCACCACCGUCCCUCUUUUAUUCCACUUCUGUAGUAACUGGAUCAUUUUAAAAUACAAAUAAUUUCACAAACAUACAUAGUAAAUAUAGUGUUUUGCUAUGACAAGUUGUGACAAAAUCAAAGCCUGAUUUGUAUGGCAUAUUACUGAGUUUACCAAACCAAGGCUCCCACAAAAAUGACACGAAAGAAAAAUGAAAGCUUUAGGAAGUAAUUUUAUUUAGUACAAAUGUGUUAUGAUGUUUCUUUUUUCUGUAUGCUUGGAUUUUGACAUUUAGCGGAUACAUUUUAUUUACUAAAUGCAGAGAGUCUUUCCUUUCUCAGUUCUGUUUGCAGUUGUCCAUAUCCAAUCCUGACAAUCUGGAGACACCUUUUUUAAGAUUAUUAAUUCUUAUGAAGUUUUGUUUUAAAGGUGACAUUGGAACAAGUCUUGAUCACCAUGUUUUCAAUUAAACAGCGUGGGACCUUCUUUUUUUUUUUUAACCAUUUACUUUACUGCUGAUUGUGUAUCGGAUUCAGCUAUCCGUUUCUCACACUUGUCUCCUCAGAUCUAUGUGCGGAGCACAGACGUGGACCGUACACUGAUGAGCGCCGAAGCUAACCUUGCAGGUCUGUACCCUCCUGCAGGUUCCCAGGUCUUCAACCCCAACAUAUCUUGGCAGCCGAUCCCAGUGCACACUUUGCCCAUGUCUCAAGACCAUGUAAGUGGGGAGGCGUAUCAUUCUAGGGGGUCUGUCAGUACAGCACAUCGUCCUUUGUUGACCUUUUUUUAAUGGAUUCUGUUUUAGCUGUUGACGUACCCUCUGCUCCCUUGCCCAAAGUACCUUAAGCUGCAGGAAGAAACACGUCUUUCUCCAGAUUACGUCCAAAAGACAAAGGACAACAAAGUAAGCAGAAUAUUUGUUGCAAUUGUUCUUCCCCACUUUUCUGGUGCAUAAACUCCACUUUUGCCAGUUUACCUCAAUCCCUGUGCUGUCACCUUGACACUUUGUUACCUCUGCUGCAGGAGUUCCUUCAGAUGGUAGCAAAUGAGACCGGGUUAUCUGACUACUCUCUGGAAUCAGUGUGGAGCAUUUCUGAUACCCUCUUCUGUGAGGUCAGUAAUAAAACAGAGAAAUGGGCUGGAUUUAAUGAUCCCACAGGCUCGUUGACGGGAUGCAGCCAUGUGAUGGAACUAUUUCUUAUAUAUCAGCUCUGUGAGCAAGGGCAGAUUAAUUAAAUGCAAGUCUCUGGGGAGUUCCUAUCCAGUUUUUAUUUAUGACAUUGUUCCAACCCCGUCAAGGAUAUUGCAUUACUCAGUUUGAUUUACGCUGCCUAUCGUAUGCUAUUAUAAAAUCAAUCACGCUUUAUUUGACACCCUGUAACUGAAACUAUACAUAAACAAUCAUAUUAAAAAAAUUUUGUGCCCUAAUGUAUUUUCCUUGUUGUUUUAUCAACACCCUUCGUCCCCCCCAAAAAAAUAAAUGUAGGGAAAAAAACCCCCAUAAUUUAAAGGGCCAUUAAGCUGUGUGUCAGUAGGUCAGUGUGAUUGGCAAUAAAUUCUGCUCCUAUUUUGAGAAGCUAUAGCUGUUAUUUAAAGCACAAUCAACCACCCCAUAGAUCACUAUAACAGGCAGAGAUUCUGUACAUUGUGUUCCCUGUGUAUUAUAAUAAAUAAAUGCAAUAUCUGAUAUAUUAAAUUUAAUAUAUUUAAAUAGAAUAUAUUACAUUUUAAACAUUUACUAUAUUAAAUGGUGAGUUUAGUUUGUUCUACAAGAUUUUACUGCAAUUUCAGUGUAAAUUAUUCCUGUUCUUACUUGUUUUUAAAUUUUCACUAUUUUGGGCCUAUUCCACUUAGAAAACGCACAACCUAAGCCUCCCUGUUUGGGCUACUCCUGAUGUCCUGGCUCGACUUAGUGACUUAAAGGAUUUCAGCUUCAGAUUCCUCUUUGGAAUCCAUGAUCGGGUUCAGAAAGCUCGUCUGCAGGGAGGUAAGUAGAAUAUCUGCCUGAAUCCAUCCUUAUUCUGAGACAGGGCAAAAGAUUCAAAAACCAUGGGGCACUAUGCUGUUAACAUAUCUCACUGUAUCCAAACACCUGUAAACUCUAUACGUCUUUCAGACAUCUUUAAGAUAAAAUGUAUUCAUAACCAGUUCCUCCUUUCUUUAUUUAGCACAUACGUAUACUUUAGCAUGCUUGCUAUCCCUGAUCUUUCCCUCCCUAACUAAUCUUCUCCAGUGUAGCUCACUACUCGUGAGCAAAUAAAACUGUGUCUAUGUAGAUCCAACUCUAAUUCUGUUUCCUGCAUUCAAGACUGAGAAUGAGGUUGCCAUUCUUAUCACAACCUUCAGUACUAUCUAUCUACAUACUACUCUUUUCCUGUAGUCUACAUUCUAUGAGAUUUUAAUUCAUCAACUGAACUAUGGUCAACAAAACAACUUUAGCUUAAUGAAGCAGUUUUGGUGUAUACAUCAUGCCCCUGCAGUCUCACUGCUCACUUCUAUGCCAUUUAGGGGGUUAAAUCACUUUGUUUUGUUUGUGCUAGGCACACCUCGCAGCAUGUGACUCGCACAGCCUUCCUAAACACUUCCUGUAAUAAGUCAUCUAAUGUUUACACUUCCUUUAUUGCAAAUUCUGGUUAAUUUAGAAUUUCUUCUCUCCUGUUAUAUUAAUAGCUUGCUAGAUCCUCCUGUAUGCAAUUAACUCCUUAAUGACCACGGAUGUACUGGGCACGUCCGUGGCAAUUCCUAAUUUCUUACCCGAUCUCGGCCGUUCCCUUGCCGGCGAUCGGCGUUCCUCUCAUUGUGGAGGAACUGUCUGAAAGCCCAGACAGACCCUCCUUGGCAAAUUAGGUCUGUGCGGGCCAUGUGAUCGCUCUGAAACAGCGGUCACAUGGCCACAAUAGGCGUCCAAAGUACUUCCUGCAGGAGGACUGCCUGAAUUGACAGGCAGUCCCCCUGCUGGUAAAAAAAAGAUUUCAAAAGUUUUAAAAUAAAAAAUAAUGUUAAUACAUUUUUAAAGGUGUGUGUGUGUGUGUGUGUGUGUGUGUGUGUGUGUGUGUAUGUGUAUACAUAUAUAUAUAUAUAUAUAUAUAUAUAUAUAUAACAUCAUACUAAGUGUAUUUUUUUAUUAAUAUAAGGCUGCUUAAGCCUUAUAUCAUCAGUGAAAUUGCCCUUUGUGUCUGACAAUAUCAUCGCUGUGAUAUGUUUUACUGUUUUGAAUCACUAAUAUUUGUGUUCAGCGAAGUCUCCCGAGUAAAACAGUACCCCCCCUCAUGUACAGGUUUUAGGGUGUCAUAGAAAGUUACAGGGUUAAAUACAGUGCCAGCAAAUUAAAAUCUCUGGACUUUCGGCCUGGGCUAGCAGGCAGGUCCCUCAAAUUGCAAUCAAUAAAAUGACUUAAUUAUGUGAAAAUAUUACAUAAAUACGCACGUAGAAUUUAAAUAUAUGUGCAUAUUUAUAUAUUUGAAGUCUACGUGUAUAUGAAAUUAUUUAUGUAAUUUUGUAUACGGAUAGAUAUAUAUAUUUAGUAUUAUUUUGAUUUAUUUAUAUAUACAUAGAUGUGUAUAUAUAAUUUCAUUCUAAGUGUAUUUUGAUAUAUAUAUAUAUAUUAAUAUCAAAAUACAGUUAGAAUAAAAUUUCAUACAGAUAUAAUUUAAUUAUACGUGUAUUUUUAUAUUAAUAUAGCAUCCAAGUAGAGAGCACUCUGGAGUCUUCGUUUUAUAUCAAAAUAAAUACUGCUUUAUUGUGCAGAAUACAAAAAUGUCGACGUUUCAGUCACAAUAGACGCUUAGUAUGACAUUAUAUAUCUAUAUAUAUUAUAUAGAUAUAAUAUAUGUCUAUAUAUCAUAUAUAUAUAUAUAUAUCUAUACAUACACAUACACAUAUAUAAUUAUAUUUUUUUAUUCACAUUGACAUUCAUUUUUUUUAUUUUACACAUACAGGGAGACUGCCUGUCAGCACAGGCAGUUCCCCCGCAGGCAGACACUUGGACACCUAUUGUGGCCAUGUGACCGCUCUGUUGAGCAAUCACGUGGCCGCGGGGUCCUAAUUUGCCGCAGGGAGACUGCCUGGGCUGUCAGGCAGUCUCCCCAAAUUGGGAGCAACGGCGAACGCCACAAGGGGAACGACGGCGACCGGGUGAGUAAAGAUUUCAGUUAUGACGGUUCAGGAACGCCACCGGUCCUCAAGUGGAUUUUUCGGAUGACUGUCCUUAAUUGUCCGCGGCCGUGAAGGGGUUAAAAGACCACUAUAGGCAUCUAGACUACUUCAGCUCAAUGAAGUGGUCUGGGUGCCAGGUCCCUCUAGUUUUAACCCUGCAGCUGAAAACAUAGCAGUUUCAGAGAAACUGCCAUGUUACACUAAGGGUUAAUCCAGCCGCUAGAGGCGCUUCUGCACUUCUCAGAGAAGAUGCUGGACGUCCAUAGGAAAGCAUUGAGUAAUGCUUUCCUAUUGGCGGUUUGAAUGUGCGAGCGGCUCUUGCCGCGCAUGCGCAUUCAGAUCUGACGUCGGCAGGAGGAGGAGAGUUCCCCAGCGCCAAGGGAGUCCGGUGCUGGAGAAAAGUAAGUGGCUGAAGGGGUUUUUUGACCCCUUCAGCCUAGCGGGAGUGGGACCCUGAGGGUGGGGGGGGACCUAAAAACCUUUUGUGUCAGGAAAAUUAGUUUGUUUUCCUGGCACUAUAAUGGUCCUUUAAUAAAUCUCAGACCUCUUAGAGAAGCAAUGGACUAGUUUGCAACAAUGGUGAAUUUGAGAUAAAAAUGUUUCAGGAUAUAUUACAUUGGGUUCAUGUUCACACUGUUUUUUGUGCAGGUGUUUUGGUGGGCCAGAUUCUGAAGAAUAUGUCAGCUGUACUACACAACCCUUCUAAUGAACUGAAACUCAUCGCCUAUUCAGCAGUAGGUGUCUCCACAAGAGGGUGCAUGAACUGACCCAGCUCAACGACUAGACAAUCUCCUUUACAUUAUGCCCUCACUCAUUGAGUAUUAUUCAUGUGAUUGUCACUGCUUUAAUAGAAAUGGGAAAAAAAACACACAUAGGGGUAUUCAAUAUAUUGUUGGACAUUUAUCAUAGUAUUGGAAAUUUAAGGUCAAAAUAGCUUAUUUUGUAAAUAUUCUCACCUAUGUAUCUAGCACAGUGAUUGUGGCCCUAAAUUCCAAAUUCCUUGGUAAGUUCACAGUUUAAUAAGUAACCUAGACAGAUACCAGUUUAGAAAUGUAGGUUGGGGGCUAACCUGCAUUUAACCCUAAAUUUAAGGGACAUCAAGAAAUCAAGCUACAGGUAAAGACAGCAGAAACACAGGAAUUCAGUCAUUUUAUUUGGAUUUGCUUUUUUUUUUUUUAUUCAAGUUUACUAUGAUGUAAUUAUAGGAGAAUACAAAGGGACAGAGGUAAGCAAACCAAUUUAGAAUCAGAUAAAAGUUAAGCCUUGAGGUUCCAAGCAUGCGAAAAUGGUUACAAAUUAUAACAUAGCGAGCUUGCUUCCAAAACAGGGUCUCCUCGGAGCCGUGUUUUGAUUGGCUAUUUGGUUGGUUGUUUCCAGCCAAUCAGAAUACAGUUAAAAUGCAAGUUAUGGCCAAUGACCAGAAAAUGCAAGGACUAGUAUAAACUAAUAAAAGCCCCUUUCUAUGAAAUUGUAUGUACUAUAUAACUGGAAUACAAUAUCGCAUGUUUCCUGUUGUUAUUUUCUAUGGGUCAGUACUGCUUUAGUGCUUUGGCUGAGACUGAUUGAGUAAUGUUCAUGUUGCUUCCUUUCCCCUGUCCAUUUCCCUAGCAUGACACCACUCUCGGAGCGUUGCAAAUGGCUCUGAAUGUCUACAAUGGAAAGCAGUCUCCAUACGCUGCCUGCCAUAUCAUUGAACUGUAUGAGGAAGGCCCUGGGUAUGGAUCUAUUAGGUUGCUGUUUCCAUUUCCCAAGGUCCUGCUGUCGUUUCUUUUCUCCUUCCCUCCACCUCUCUCGUGGUCCUUUUUGGCCACAUCUUUCCUUAUUCCAGUUUUCCUUCAUCUUAUAUUCAUAAAUACAAUGUGACACUCAUUGCUAAAUAUUCUUCUCUUUUCAGCCUUUACACUUCCUCUAAUCCCUGGUUCCUCUAUUCUUUCCCUGAAUCGACCUGGCAGUGUGUAGUCAGCCGUUCUUUCUGUAUAUUACUAUUGUCUGUGUUUCUCAUAUCUGCCGUUUAUCUUGUGAUCAGACUACUUCCUCCCAUUGCCGCUCUCCUAGUAAUACCUAUUUACAUUCUGCUGGUAUCCUUGCUUCCCCUCCUUUUCAUCCUGCUCUAAUUCUGUCAGUUCUCUCACAUGUUCAUUUCAAUUUCAUGUCACAGUUCAUCCCGCAACACUAAACUCACUUCUUUUUUUGUUCUUCCCAGAAACUUCACGGUGGAGAUGUACUUUAGGAAUGAAAGUGGAAAGGCACCUUACCCUUUGACGCUCCCUGGCUGUAACCAGACCUGUCCGUUCCAGGAUUUCCAGCGAUUGCUCCAGCAAGUCAUAACUGAAGAUUGGUAUCAAGAAUGUCAGCUUGCCAGUACAACCCACGAUACAAGUGAGUGUACAGAAACGAGCUGAGGAAGCAGCACAGCUGGUCUCUUAAGGCAGUUUCAUAAAGGAUUAGCUACCUCCCUGUAUCAGGUCUUUGCCCUUUCAUUAAUUAUAGAACACUGAAUAUUUUCAUUAAGCAGACAUCUAGAAUAGACACUAUGUAUGCAUUCAAUAUUUUCUUCUGUAUAAUCUGCUACUGCACCCUUUAUACAGUCACACCUUUUACCUGUCUGAAAAAUUGGCAGAAAGAAAAAAAGCACACUUUUGUGCUUUGUUUUUGUUUUUUAUGUUUUGGAACCUGGUAAAAGCAACUUUUUGAAUCAGAAAGAAAAAAAAAGUGAUUUAAAUGAUAGAAGAGGCACAGUGAAUGAUAAUUUGAUGCAGAUAAUGAAAUAAAGAGGUGUAGAUUAGAAAAUGCUGUGCAGAUGGUUUACAUUUGUAUACUCUGUAUACCCCAGUGAUGUCUAUCCUGUGGCACUAUACUUGUUUGAAAUACUAUACAUUUCUUACAAUGCUGUGCAAGUAAAUAGCUGGCAGGGCAUUGUGGGAGUUGUUCUCAAUAGUAAUUUCAAUGCUUAGAGUUAGCCGUCACUGGUAUAUAAUGUCAGAGAGUUGGAAACAGAACCAACAGCAUUUCAACCUCUUGUCAGGGAUUGGUCUGAAAGGGGGUGCUGAUACAGUAACUCUGCAAUGAAAGUUAAGGUGGAACCUUUAUAUAGGGACUCAACACAGUGAGAUAAAGUGAAACAUAUAUUAACGUUGAUACAAGCCGGACCACGAGGUGCCAGGUUACGAGGCUGGCCUCGAGGUGCCAGGGUACGAGGUGGGCUUCAAGAUGUCAGAAUACAAGGUGGGCCUCGAGGUGACAGGAUACAAGGUGGGCCUCGAGGUGACAGGAUACAAGGUGGGCCUCGAGGUGCCAGGGUGCGAGGCGGGCCUCAAGGUGCCAGGGUACGAGGUGGGCUUCAAGAUGUCAGGAUACAAGCCUGACCACGAGGUGCCAGGGUACGAGGAGGGCUUCAAGAUGUCAGGAUACAAGGCAGGCCUCGAGAUGACAGGAUACGAGACGGACCACGAGGUGCCAGGUUACGAGGCGGGCCUCGAGGUGCCAGGUUACGAGGCGGGCCUCGAGGUGCCAGGUUACGAGGCGGGCCUCGAGGUGCCAGGUUACGAGGCGGGCCUCGAGGUGCCAGGUUACGAGGCGGGCCUAGGUAAUCAGGACUCGAGGAGACAGGAUAAGAGACAGGCAUCAGAGAGCAGGCCUAGAGGAGACAGGAUAAGAGGCAGGCCUCGAGGAUACAAGAUAUGAGGCAGGCCUCGAGGAGACAGGAUACAAGGCAGGCCUAAGGAAUCAGGGAGCAGGCCUCGAGGAGACAGGGUACUAAGCGGGCCUUGAGGAUACAGGAUACGAGGCAGGCCUAAGGAAUCAGGGAACAGGCCUCGAGGAGACAGGAUACGAGGCAGGCCUCUGGCACAAAAACAGCUAGACAUUGAAACAAUACCCAAACCAUGAACCAGUGUUCUGGCAACUAAUUAAGAGCGAGGCUGAUUUUAAAGGAAGGUAAAUUAACAGAGAGUAACCAGCUGAGAGCAAAAUCAGAUCUCUUCAACCCGGCAGUGCAGCAAUUACAGCAAAUUAGAGGCACUGCUCCAGGCUGAGGAGAUCUAAAAAGAAAACAUGGAAUUUAUAUAAAACCUGACACCUCUUUCUUGUCUUCUUGUGCAGAGGUUAUCAUCGGUCUGGUAGCCUGUGGAUCAAUCCUUCUUCUUCUUGUUGUUCUGCUCCUCGGGGUACUGCUACGGCAGAAGUCUCAGCCUGUGGGGUACCAUCAUGUCUCCGAUAUGGGGGAAGAACAGACCUAAUUUCGUCCAUGCCUUCACCCUCCCCAAACUCUCUCUCAAGAGAUUCCAUUCUAAACGAUGAUUUUAGUAUUUUUAUUUUUUUAAUUUGGGAUCAACCCGAAACAUGUGAAAUUGAAACUUGCAGUCAGGAGUUUCCUUGGCAACACAACAAUGCAAUACUUACAAGACUGAAGCCAUGCUCUCCUGGAUAUAGCAUAAUGCAGUGUAAAUCAAGAUAUCGGAUGAUCACAAGUCUGCAGUAACCUAUUUCAAUCUCUCUGAGUCUUUGCCUUCCUACACUAGUUUCUUGUUACCUGCCAGUGGACCUUGAGAUACAAAAUGAGUCAGAGCUUUCUUCCAAGGAAAAGGGUCAGAUAUCGAUUGUUACCGAUUAAUCAUAACAAAUCUUUAUCUUGUUCUUUUAACUUUGCGCUGGUUUCAGAAAAAUGACACCCACCAAGAAUUCACUUAAAAUUCUAGCAAUCACCUUGACACAAGCAACAGCAGUGUUGUGGCCAGAGGACACAACUUUGGAAACAUUUAGUCUGGUUGAACUGGAAUGAUAAUAUAAUUGUGAUUCUUUUAGGUGUCCAGUACUGCAGUAAGAGCAAAGCACCUCGGCUUGGGAGAAUCACUACAAAGUUUUUGGAUUCCUAAGAUUACCUGUACAUAUUUUAGUACCUGCACUGUCUGACUUUUUAACAGAGUAGGCUGUAGAUUGUUAACCCUUUAUCAAUCAAUGCCAUAACCAUCUGAUUUUUGUAGACCCAAUGCCUGUGUAUUCAGCAUCAGAAGCUAUAGGUAGAUCUGCUAACUUGAAAUUAGGCUGUGCCUUCUAUGUUGGCAUUUUGAUUGUUUAAGGACAAUUCAUAGGAUAAUAUUAUUAGUCCAGAUUCUAUUAAAAUCCCAGGAAUCUUUUUUUUUUUUUUUUUAAUCAAAGAAGGUUUUGAAAUGGGAAUCAGAUUAGGCAGCGGUUUCAAAUGUUGAAACAAUGGGAUUUAUUUACUAAAUACAACAACACAGCAUUCACAUCGAAAAACAAAUAACCUCUAUUCCAACAGCAGCCGUUUAGGUAGAAAAUAAAUGCUGCCGUAUUAAAUGCCAUUACUGUCAGCAGAACUCUAGAUUGAAGCUAAAAUGUAGUUAAGAAGGGCAACCCCAUUGCCGUGUUCACAAAAAGGAAGACAAAUGCCUUACAAUUUUUCCCCUAAUCUGUAAGGCUAUUUGAAUAAAAAAUUUUUUUAAAAAAACAUUGAAGUUUAGUCAUUAAAAAGUGAGCAUAUUGAGGCUUAAGAUGAGAUUUACUAAGAUGCUUUGAUCAGAAAAGCAGUACAAAUUCGUACAGGUGGAGUAAUUGCCGUUGCACUAUACCUGCUGAUUAUAUUGGUUUCCAUGGUGAUUGCUUCAAGUUUAGAACAGGACCGUUUGAUAAAUUCCCCCUUUAUUUCCUGAAGGUAACAUAUGCACUUUAAACAGAAGCAGGACUGUAGCUGGUUCUAUGUAGUUCAGCUUCAAGUAGCUGUUUUUUAGUGAAUAAAUGCCUUUGCGAAUUACCCACUCAGUCAUUGUGCUACUGAGUUUUAUUACAUUUUACCGCUCUGACAGCUUAGUAUGUAGAACCAUUUCCCCCACAUAUUGUUUUUCCUCUUUGGCCUCUCUGACACUUUUAGGGAAGGCAUUUGUAAACCUUUCCCCAAACACUGUUUACGUGCUAUUUGCACUUUUACAGAAUAUCAAUACCAUAGAAGAUUCUCUUAACGCUAAUUGAAGUGGUCUAGAUGCAGUGUCCCUAUUGCACAUAGUGCUGCACUGUGGAACAUUGCAGUUCCAGAGAAACUGGAAUAACUACAAUGUUUACAUUAUAGCACUAAGUCUGCCUCCAGUGGCAAUCUCACAGACAGCCACUGGUGGUGCUUCCAUGAUCGAAACGGACCUUUGGACCAGUAUCUGACGCUGGACGUCCUCACGCUCUGCAUGAGGGCAUCCAGCAUCAAAUUUCCCCCCCAUAGAAAAGCAUUGAUUUAAUACCUUCAUAUGGCGAAGUCUAAUGUGUGCGCAUUCGCACCGACUCCUCGGAAACAUCAGAGGGGCGGAGCAUCGGAGCUAGGAUAUGGUAAGUAAAUAAAUGGUUUACCCUUUUUUUAAAGCAGGGUGGGUGGUGCGAGGGGGGGGGGAGGCAGAGGGAGCAAUAGUUGCAGGAAUACAGCUUUGUAUUCCUGGUACUUAUAGUAUCCCUUUAGCUUAGCACUGACCUCACAUCAUAUUAGAAAAAUGUAGCUAGAUUAUGUAACAGGAAAUGCCUAUUUUAUAGUUGUUUUGCUACUGUCAGUACAAACCUUUUGAAAUACAUUGUAGAGCAGGUAAAGGAAAUAUGUCUAGUGUUCUUUGCCUCCUUUCUAUGCUAGGAGGGUAAUCUAAAUCAAAGACAGUCAGAUAGAACAUUGUAUAUGUGCACAUCACAUACAGUAAUAUCAGAAGACACUGCAAAUUUUAUAAAGGGUAAGCUUGACUCUUUCUUUUUUUUUUUUCCUGUCAAAAAAAAGGCCAAACACACGUUACCCCUUAAGUGCCAGUGAAAGUCUAUGCCUUCAUUACAAUCUAGUCUUCACGGUUCCUAUUCUGAAACUGAAAAUCCCACUGAUUUAAUGUUGGUGAUGCCAAAAAGCUAGAAAUCCCAUACUGGAAUAAGGUUUUAGGAGCCAGGUUGUGGUGACGAUAAAGAAUGUUAUUGGCUUUUAAGGGAUAAAGCCAUCGGACUGUUAUUUGCACAAUGAUUUUAGCAUUUUGUUUUGAUUAUGUAUGUUUUUAUUUCCUGUUUGUUUGUUAGUUUGUUCGUUUGUUUGAUUGAAAUUAAUCUGUUACCAAAUUAAAGAUGACGAGAAAGAGUUGAUUUUUACUGGCUACAUUACAGAUUUCACAACAGACCUUGAAUGGGCAAGUACUGUGAGCUAUUGGAAGUCAAACUGGCUUCUGUUUACAUAGUUUGAUCUUGGUGUAGGCUUCUUCCAUACGAAGCAUGGAAUUUUUAUUCAGGACAAAUACAUUUUGUAGCAUUUUAUGGUAAACAUCAGUGGUUGACAACACUUGACAAUAGGUGGAGCUUCCUCUGUUCCGUUUUGACAGCUAUAACUAGAGGCUGCUGUGGGACUCCAGCUUUGCCUCUCGUAUUUGUGAGACUUGAUCUCUUGCGGGAACCUCCAUAGACCUCAGUGCACGUCAAAGUACAGCACUGAUGUGGGCCCUUGUUGGAUCUAGUAGCACAAGCUGAGGGAUGAAGAUUGAGGCACCUAUGGUGGACAUCUUCAGGGAAGUAUAAGGUACCUUUGUGCACCCUGGCCCACCUCACCGGAAACGGUGAUGUCACCAUCAGGGGUGUCUGCAAAAUAUGCAAAAAUCCCCAAAAGUGGCAGAACUGUUUUAAGGAUGACUAACGAUAUGAUGUUCUACUGAGAGAGACUGUCAGGAUUUUACAGCACCCGAACACACAAAUCUAGGACAGCACUUAGAAAGAGUAACGUGUGACUGGGCUAAUGUGUAAACCAGAAGUGGAAUGGCCACGAGACAAGCAGAGUUCAAGUAACUACAAAAUAACAGAGAGCAUGAACCAGCCGAGGUCAGUAUUGGAGAAGUCCUAAUAGUCAGAACACAAGCCAAAGUUGACAACCAGAAUAAUCAAGAAACUAACAAAUGCACAUUUGAGCUACUAGAGACCACAACUGUGUGCAGUUCUCAUGUUGUAGUGAGUAUAUAUAGCUCUAGUAUUUUGCAUCAUCAGAGUGAUGUUAACGCCAUGCCUGCGUCAUAUUGGGUACAAGAAAAGUGGUCAUGUGAAUCUUGAGGCCGGAAUGAUGCACAGCGUCAUUUUCACAUCGGAAAAAGAGUGGAAAGUCCUAUGUCAAAGAUGUCACCAGAUAUAAUUGUGCAGUAUUCUCGACAUGCACCAUAAAUUUCUGUCGAUGCACCAUUUAUGUUUGUGAUGAUAUGUCUCAACCCGCAAGGAUUGCUCUGAUUGCCCUGUAAAAAAUGAUGUGGCCAGCAGGACACACUGGGUCACAUUUUGAAGCAAAAUGAUGCUAUGAUGAGGUGGGUAAUCUGAGAGAUGAUGGGGAGAAAAAAAUAGGGGUGAUAGGAAAAUGUAAUUGGUGCUAUAAACGUGAUUAUAGAGGGAUAGGAUAGAUAAAGAGUGGGGUGACUAGGGAGGGGUAUUCGGGGCCUAGUGAGAAAUAAUUGGGGAGAGAUAACUAAGAUUGCACACAAACACACACACGGAUAUACAUACACUGAAAUUGCAUAAACAUUUGGAGAAAGCAUUAGCUACUUUGGUAUUCUUACACACAUCCUUAUUCUGUCAUUUAGCAUUUGUUCAAGUCAGGAAAAUGAUUUAUGUUUGCAUACGUUACACUAUAGACUAUAUGAAUCGUAGCUCCACAUGAUUUCCCCCCUUUCCUAAGUAUUCUACAUAUCCAGGCAACUUUCUAUGAUCUAACUUCACCGGUCAUUCAAUUUACAGCUCCAGUUGUUGGCAGACCAUAGUAUUGAGCUUUUGCUAACUUGUUAAAGGACUACUAUAGUGCCCUGAGGGGGCCCCCACCCUCAGGGUCCCCCUCCCGCCCGGCUCUGGAAGGGGGAAAGGGGUAAAAUUUUACCUUUUUCCAGCGCUGGGCGGGGAGCACUCUGCCUCCUCUCCUCCUCCAAUCCGCCCUGUCGGCUGAAUGCGCACACACGGCAGGAGCUGCGCGCGCAUUCAGCUGGUCGCAUAGGAAAGCAUUCAUAAUGCUUUCCUAUGGACGCUGGCGUGCUCUCACUGUGAAAAUCACAGUAAGCGCCUCUAGCGGCUGUCAAUGAGACAGCCACUAGAGGAUUUGAAGGAAGGCUUAACCCAUUGAUAAACAUAGCAGUUUCUUUGAAACUGCU